AACCUUUUUUUUUUGUUUUUGCAAUGUAUUUAUAUACGUGUUCAUGUUUUAUUAUCGCUUCAAAGUAUUCCAAACCACAGAACAAAAAAGCGAGUCUCUGUGGAAAGGAAGAACAAUUUUUUGAAUUUUCACACAAACAAAAAGCGUUUCUUGAUCUUUCCGAAGAACAGAGAAUGAUAGGGCGAGAGGAAAUGGGAUCUGGGUUUCUGAAAGAUCCUUUGAUCUCCAAGCAACAUGCAAGGACAUCAUCGUACGACCAAGACGAAGAACGGCAGGAUAAGAUUACCAAGAAUCAGACAGCAGAUAAAGAUUAUCUUUCUUCUUCCUUCAGUUCCGGUGUCCUUCUCAGCACUUCCGUCGCUGUUUGUGGAUCCCUCUGCUACGGCUGCGCCAUGUCAUAUUCGUCGCCUGCUCAGUCCAAAAUCAUGGAAGAAUUGGGACUCUCCGUCGCAGACUAUUCGGUUUUCGCUUCCAUAAUGACGUUCGGAGGGAUGAUAACCGCCGCACUGAGCGGCAAAAUUGCAGCUCUCAUUGGUCGAAGACAUACAAUGUGGCUCUCCAACAUUCUGUGCACAACCGGUUGGCUUGGCGUGGCUUUCGCAGAGUGUGCUCUGUUGCUGUAUAUGGGGCGACUCUUCCUUGGCCUCGGGGUCGGUCUCGUUAGUUAUGUGGUUCCUGUAUACAUCGCUGAAAUAACGCCCAAAAACAUCCGAGGAGGGUUCACGUUUUCAAAUCAGCUUCUACAAAGUUUUGGAAUUUCAAUCAUGUUCUUCGUCGGAAACUUCAUUCACUGGAGAACUUUGGCUAUUCUAAGUGCAAUCCCGUGUGCUGUCCAAGCGAUCGGUUUAUUCUUUAUUCCCGAGUCUCCGAGAUGGCUGGCAAUGUACGGUCGAGAUCGAGAGCUGGAAUCUACUCUUCAAAGACUCCGAGGAAAGAACGCCGAUGUUCUUGAAGAGGCCGCUGAUAUCAGAGAAGCUGUGGAGAUCUCCAAGAGAGAGUCCCGAGCCGGAAUCAGAGACUUAUUCCAGAUGAAAUACGCCUAUUCGUUAACCAUUGGACUGGGGCUAAUGCUUUUGCAACAAUUGUGUGGGAGUUCGGCUAUAAGUUCUUAUGCUGCCCAUAUUUUCGACAAAGCAGGUUUUCCAAGCGAUGUCGGGACCACGAUCAUUGCUGCUAUAAUGGUACCCAAAUCUUUAGUAGUUCUCCUCACCGUGGACCGGUGGGGACGUCGGCCGCUUCUUCUGGCGUCUUCCAUAGGUUUAUGCAUAUGCUCGUUCUUAAUCGGCUUAUCCAUCCAUCUCCAGAGAUACGGUGAAUUUGAGAAGCUUUGCUCGGUUGUGUUAAUCGUCGGUAUAAUGGGUUACGUCGCGGCGUUUGCAAUUGGUCUAGGAGGUUUACCGUGGGUCAUAAUGUCCGAGAUAUUUCCGGCGAACGUGAAAGUCACCGCCGGGAGCUUAGUCACUGUGGCGAAUUGGUUCUUCAGUUGGAUCAUCAUUUAUACGUUCAAUUUCAUGAUGCAAUGGAGUGGUUCAGGAACUUAUUUUAUAUUCUCCGGAGUUUCGUUUGCGACGAUAGUAUUCGUGUGGACAUUGGUGCCCGAGACCAAAUGUCGAACACUCGAAGAGAUUCAGGCGUCGUUGGUACGAUAGGGAUGAAGCCUAAAUUUAACUGUACAUUUUGCUUGUCUUUAUUUCAUAUAUAUGCAUAUAUACGCUCAUAUAUAUAUAUAUAUGCAUGAGUUUCGAUUUUGUGUAAGUCUGUAGAGCUUGUUAUGUAUAUUCCAUUGAACUAAAAAAAAUGUAUCUAUAUGGUUGGAAUAUAGGUUCCCAAAAAAUGCAAGCAUGAUUUAUAUUAGAAGAA